AUGUCGCCGCACAACUACUACCCUGUGACGGCGCCGUCGUCGUCCUCCCCGACGCCUGCCGGCGUCUCGCCCUCGCAGUCUCCGAGCAUCAACCACUGGACCCAUCCCGGCCCUGCCUCAGCCGAUUUCCGUUCUGACACAAUCACCACCCCUACCGCCAGCAUGCUCGCAGCCAUCGCCUCGACCACCCUCGGCGAUGAUGUCUUCCUCGAGGACCCGACAACCAACGCGCUGCAAGCCUGGAUCGCCGACAUGCUCGGCAAGCCGGCCGCACUUCUCGUCAUGUCUGGUACCAUGGGCAACCAAGUCGCCAUUCGGACCCACCUGCAGGGACCCCCUCACUCGGUGCUCUGCGACCACCGCGCGCACAUUCUGCGCGCCGAGGCCGGCGGUGUCGCCGCCCUCUGCGGCGCUCAGCUCGAGGGCGUCUUCCCCGCAAACGGCAGCUACCUGACGCUCGAGGACGUGCAGGCGCACGCGGUGCUCUCGGACGACAUCCACGGCUGCCCGACGAAGCUGAUCGAGCUGGAGAACACGCUCGGCGGCAACGUCAUGCCGCUGGCCGAGAUGCAGCGCAUCGGCGCCUGGGCCCGCGAGCACGGCAUCAUCACCCACCUCGACGGCGCGCGCCUGUGGGAAGCCGUGGCGGCCGGCCACGGCACCCUGCGCGAGUACGCGGCCUGCGUCGACAGCAUCCAGCUGUGCUUCAGCAAGGGCCUCGGCGCCCCCAUGGGCUCCAUCAUCGUCGGUACCGACGCCUUCGUCACCCGCGCCCGCUGGAUCCGCAAGAGCAUCGGCGGCGGCAUCCGCAUGGCCGGUGUCGUGAGCAGCGCUGCUCGCAAUGCCGUCGAGGAACAGUUCCUCGGCGGCCGUCUGCUGCGCACGCACGAGCAGGCGAGGCGGCUGGCUGACAAGUGGCAGGGGCUCGGUGGUGUGCUGAGCGUGCCGACCGAGACGAACAUGGUCUGGUUGGACGUCAAGAAGAGUGGGGUUAAGGCCGAGGACAUCGUCACGCUGGCGGCGGAGAAGGGCAUCAAGACUUUCGGCACCAGGAUCGUCGUGCAUUACCAAAUUUCCGAAAUGGCCAUGCAGGGGCUGGAAGAGGUCAUGGAGGAGGUUAUGAGAAAUAAGAAGGCCGCCGCCCCGGCAACUAAUGGCACUGCUGCAGCAUAA